GAGGAGGUGGACGUCUGGUUCCUAUCACCACCACUGUGAGCGAUUCGAACCCAGUACGUUUAUGUAGAACUGAGCAGUUCACACGAAACCACUCCGAAUGACUUUGUUUACAUCUCAACCACUUAAUUACGUGCGUCUUUUGAAAAUGGGUGGAGUUCCUCCUGAUAAAUGUGGCUUUGGCAGUAAUGCUAACGCUGUCCAGAUGCCCCGGUCAGCGUUUCCUCCUGCGUAGGUGUGUUUUUAUGGGAAGUGAAGGACAGAAAGACACUCGUUAAUGUCUCACUAGCCGUGUGACAGUCCUGGGACGGAGACAGCAGAAAUGGAGCCGCUGUAACUGAGCAAGGACAGACUGAAUGUUGGACCAUGUCGUCUGAUGAGGGCUGCUGUGUUUCCUUCACGCGGUGCUUCUUUGGCUACUCCACAGCGAAGAGUCUGGUGAUAAGGAGUAAAGCAGUGGGGGCUCUGAACCGGCUCUGUCAGGCUCUGGUCAUAGCUUAUAUCGUUGGGUAUGUUUGUGUUCUGAAGAAAGGCUACCAGGACACGGACUCUGUCAUCAGCUCGGUCACCACCAAAGUUAAGGGCAUCGCUCUGACCAACACUUCUGACCUGGGCUUGCGGAUUUGGGAUGUGGCUGACUACGUCAUCCCCCCUCAGGUACCCUCCCGAUAUAAGGAAGAAAAGGAGGAGAACUCGUUCUUCGUGCUCACAAACCUGAACAUCACUCCAAACCAAACGGCGUCCCGCUGUGCUGAGAAUCCUGGACCUGAAUCCUCAUGUUCUUCAGACCACGACUGCAAGAAGGGCUUCCAUGACAGCCGCCUCGGUGGCGUGCGGACGGGCAGAUGUGUGAAUUUUUCAGAGACGAAUAAGACGUGUGAGGUGUUGGCCUGGUGUCCUCUGGAGAAAAGUGGCGAACCUCCUGAUCCUCCAAUGUUGGCUGAAGCAGAAAACUUCACGGUUCUGAUAAAGAACAGCAUCCGCUACCCCAAAUUCAACUUCAACAAACGGAACAUCCUGCCCCACAUAAACAGCACCUACCUGUCCCAGUGCAUUUUCAACAAUGUGACGGAUCCAGACUGUCCGAUCUUCAGGCUCAGGGACAUUGUGGCCAUGGCUGGAGAGGACUUCCUGACCAUGGCAGUCCAUGGUGGAGUGAUGGGGGUCCAGAUCCGCUGGGACUGCAACUUGGAUAUAGCCGAGAGCUGGUGUAUCCCACUCUAUAGCUUCCGCAGACUUGACAACAAGGAUCCAGAAAACAAUGUGGCUCCAGGAUACAACUUUAGGUUCGCCAAGUAUUACAAAAACCGAGAUGGCGAAGAGAUGAGAACCUUAAUCAAAGGGUAUGGCAUCCGGUUUGACAUCAUGGUGUUUGGAAAAGCAGGUAAAUUCCACGUUGUGCCAACACUCCUCAACAUAGGUGCUGGCCUGGGCCUGAUGGGGCUGGUGACCGUGGUGUGUGACUGGUUCGUCCUGUUUGUCAUGACAAAAAGACACCUUUACAGAGAGCACAAGUACUCUUACGUUGAUGACUAUGUGCUUGUGUCCAAUGAGGUCCCAUAGAAGUCUGAAGAUGUGAGGAUUUUUUGACACACUGCAAAUGUUGAUACUACUAAUACAUGAUAAACGUUUAUUUUUGUAUUUGAACAUAAAUUUGCAAAUAAAUGAACUUGAACUUAAAUUAAAAGGUCUUAAUUAA